AACCAAUAAAAAGAAGCAUCUCAAAUCUACUCACAAAGCAAUCCCAGCAAUCACUGAGUGAAAAACAUGGCCUUGACUAAGACCCUUCUGCUUCUCGCCCAGGGCGGCGAGGACAUGGAAAUUUUCCAGACCAUCGACACCCUGCGCAAAACAAAAUUGUUUGAUGUUACGGUGGCAGGAGUCACGGGCCCUGAGGUUAUCAAAACUGCGGCUGACGUCAACUGCAUUCCUGAUGAAAGUUUAGAUACGGCCCUGGAGAAAGGUCCUUACGACCUAAUUGUCCUUCCUGGAGGUUUAUACGGAGCACCAGUCUUAGCUGCAUCAGAAAAAGUUGGGAGGUUGGCCCGUGAGCAGGAGCAAGCAGGACGGAUGAUCGCGUCCAUCUGUGGCGGAGGCUGGGCCCUGAUGAAGCACGGCGUUGGCAAAGGCAAAAGGAUCACCUCCUUCCCCUACUUCAGGGCACUGAUGAGACAAUUUGACGUCAAAAAGGAGUGGGACAUAAUCGACGACGAACGGGUCGUCAGAGCAGAGAACCUGAUCUCGAGUCAGGGUCCGGGAACUGCUGCCGAAUUCUCGUUUGCCAUCGUGCAGCAUUUCCAUGGACGGGGAGAGGCUGAGCUCAUUGCUCGCUUUUUCCUUUACAAUUUCGACAGUGUCUUCCCGCCCAACAUUCUCCCCAGCGAUUAACAAAAAGUUAGUCGCAAAAAGUAAAAUUGUUCUGUCAUUGCAAUGAAUAAAUAAUAUGCUUUCGUAAGACAAAAACUAUCGUCUUAUCUCAUUUGGCCGUUGUGGAAAAUUCACUUUCCAUGCAGCGAGCAAUUAAUGUGGCAAUGAAUUGCCAGAAAGCUGAUUCGGCGAGUUUUUAACUUUCUCAAGGUUUGCUGCGCCUUGCAGAACUUUAAACUUACACCUGCAUGAUAAUUUAGCGCUCACUUUUAAUUCCGCGUCCACACUUUGAAGAGG